ACAAAUUCAGUGCGAAUUUGAAUGGUGAUUGACUGAGAUUGCUGGCUGACACAAGCGGCGAAGACCCGGUGAAUAGUGAAAAUGAUGCAAAUUACAAGUACUAUAUGCUGAUGUGGCCAGCAUUUUGAAAGGAUGUGCAUACAUAGUUACAUAUAAAAAUAUAUAAAAGUUUGAGGAUACUCAAAUCUGGAAGGUGUUAAUUUUCGGUGAUUGUUUCGUGGCGAAAAUUGAUUUGAUUAUAAAUAUGAACAAUAAAGUGUCUAAUAGUUUUUCAAAUGGUGCCAAAGUUAUCUAAAAUAAGAAGAAACCCUACAAAUACAACGUACAAACAUUCAUAAAAGAAAAUCUUUUUGGACGUGUGACCAACGACAAAAUCGAUUAAUACUUUUUAAAGGUGAUUUCAACAAGAAUGCCUUAGAGCGCGAGGGAAUUUCGUGAUUGGUUGUGUUUUUAGUGUCAAAAGCCGGUUGUUCAUUCGUGACUGAUUCAAGGGAAGCAAUCGCUUGUGAGAGUUUGUGGCACGUCCAGUACGGCGUGCGCAAUCUUUGACCGGAAAGCUAACGGCAAAGUAGUAGCAUUUGUACUAUGCAAAACAUUGAAGUUCCGCCAACAACUCUUACGGAUGAUGAAACUUUGGACUUAGCAGAAGUUGGAGCGACCACGUCUUCGGGACAUUUGCAAAGAACGGCUGCGGCCACGCCAAAUGAUAGUGCGAGCACAAGUGGGAAAAGUUUGAGUGCCAAUCGUGAAUGUGUUCAAUCCGAUCCUGAAACGAGGCGUAAAAGUAAGGCACGUUCGCGCUUUACGUCGGCAUUACGCAAACUUUCGGGCCGGAAAAAAUAUAGCGUCUCGAAGGAUACCUCCACUGAGAGUUCGCUAGCUGGUGGGGCCUCGUGCGAGAUCGCAUCAGCGCCGGAAACGGUAUUAUCUAGCGGCGGAGAAGAUACUGGUGACACCAAUGCCACCGCAUCGCCAGCAGCGAAGCCCAAGAAGAAAAGUAAGUUAGCAAAGCGUUUUUUGCUCGGCGGUUUGAAGAAAUCCAAAGCAAGUGGUACUAAGAAGAGCAUUGACGAAGAUGAGGAAGGUGAUUUAGUACAGGGUAGUCAAGAAGAAAAAGAAGAAACACUCGCUGAAGACACCGAUGCCGUAGAUGACGCACAUUUACUACCGGCUGAUGAACUCGAAGAGCAUAAAAAGCGCAAGGUAACAAUAUCACUCAGUGAUACUCAGCGUUCUGCAGCGCGAGAGUUAAAAGAGGGAGAAGUCGGCGAGAAACAGUUAGCUGAUGAAACUAACGUCACUGCAGUAACGGGCGCACCAAGCGAAACGGAUUAUCUUACACCUAUUGAAGAUAAGACGCAACCGAGUGCUUGUGAAAGUGUUGGUGGCGGUGACACCGUGCAAACGCCGGUAACGAUAACAGAAGAUAAAAGCGCCGUAGCAUCGCCUACCAAGAGUGCACCGGACCAGAAGCAGAAGAAGAAGAAGCUCAAAACGAAGAAGAGUACACUUAAAGAAGCGGCAGUGACCAUAAUAAAGACCACAGCCACCACCAGUGGCAGUACAGCGCCAACGUCUACACCAAAACUCACCGCUGCAACAGUACAAAAAACAUCUACUACACGAACAACAACAAUAACCACCGACGAGAAGUUCGUUAUCACACAGAGUACACGUGACACACCGCCCAGCGAACGCGCCCCUGCCAAACCAAGUCGGGUAGUUACCACCGCGCAGCCUCCAACAGUAGAUCCGACAACGGCCAGCACAGGCGCCGUACGCAAGGGCAGCACGCGCGCAGCAGCCACACUCAACUCACCGUCGCCGGGACGUGAGCAGCGUUCAACUUUCGGAGCAGUUAGUAUAGCAGCAGCCGUUGCCGGUAAAAGACAGCGCGCGAAAGGCGGUAAAUCCACAACUAAUCAAGCAACGAGUAAAAGUGCGUCAACUAAAGCGGCGGACACAGUUGGAAGUAGUAGUGACGUGACAGCAAAAUCAAGCAAAGAAGCUGAAACCGAAUUGAUGCACACUUCAGCAAAUCCAUUGCAGCGCGGUCAUCGUUUUCCUAAACCAAGUCCAACAGUACUAACCUCUUUUGGGGCAAAGAACGAAGCUAGUACAGCUACGUCAAAAGCGUCUGCGUCGGCGACCACACCACAGUUCGCAAGUCGCAGCAACGUGAUACCAACGCUGGCAAUCCCAACACCAAUAACGGAUGAUACCACAAAUGAAGGAACAGUAACUGCCAUAGCAGAUGUCGUCACCAUUGAAGAAAACCACACGAAGCCAACAAACGCUACAGUUGCGCUAGACGCGCCUACCCAGAAGACAGACACAUCAGUUGCCACAUUAGAAGCAGUACGAAAGCAGAUACAAUUUCAAUUGGAGUCUCACGCAUCUAUCGAUAAACCAUUGCAACAAACCGAACAAGCGCAACGUCAGGAAUCGCGUCCACACAAUCAGCAACACCAAGUGUCGGUCGCACCACAACUAUUGGUGGACGACACUGCAUCACCUCCGCAUUCUUUGCACUCGAAUGUAUCGCUGUCGAAUUACCAACAACCGCCUCCGUACACACCACCACACGUACCAACAGUAACAAGCACACCACCUGAAACUCGAUCAUCGUCACAUUUUCGUCACCCAUCAUCGAGUAAAGUCAUUUUUCCAGACCCCGACAUAUACAGUGACAUUUACGCGGACAAGUCAGCAGCAUUAUUGUACAUAGCUGACGAAUCAGUUACCACAGCGAGCAGCAGUGGUGCAGACGACGUCGUUUCUUCGGCGGAAAGUGCACAACCAAGCGACUACUCGGGCAAUAACUUACGCAAUUCCAAUUUGCCAGGACACGCGUUUAGUGACGAUUUCGAUCAAGAGGAGCAAACGCGCGGUCCUCCUCUACAGCCGACUGUACGUUUUGCCGUUGGUAGCGUGGUACGUCCGCUGGCCACAUCCUUCGACAGUCCUUUGCACGAUCACAGCUCUUACGAUUCAAAUCCGAGUAGCGAUUCACACAGUGAGUCCAGUCGUCGACGUAUACGUUAUAUAUCGCAACCGUCAACAUUUGACGAGGAUUUCGAGCGUAUUCAGCAACGUCACCAAAAAUUGAAUUACAAAAAAACCGCUGCCAGCGACUACUCAGUAGAUUCGGAAUACGAUUCAGACGAUAAUCAGAUGCCGGCUUUUGGCGAUUUAACCAUGGAGCAGGAUAUCGAACCGACAAUUAUGACCUCCGCGAACACAGAGAAGCGUGAGCAUCUAUACAAAAUUCUAGUCAUCGGCGAAUUGGGCACGGGCAAAACGUCGUUUAUCAAACGCUAUGUGCAUCAGUUUUUCAGUCAAAAUUAUCGUGCCACAAUCGGUGUAGAUUUCGCAUUGAAAGUACUACAUUGGGAUCCAAAUACAACCGUCCGUCUACAACUGUGGGAUAUUGCCGGUCAGGAACGUUUCGGCAAUAUGACACGUGUUUAUUAUAAAGAAGCCGUUGGUGCUUUCAUAGUGUUCGAUGUAACACGCAGUGGCACAUUCGAUUGUGUGAGUAAGUGGAAAGAGGAUUUGGAUUCGAAAGUUCAGUUACCCGAUGGCAGCCCGAUACCCUGUAUACUGUUAGCUAAUAAGUGCGAUCAGGAAAAACAAGGUAUUGUGACCACACCCGAGAAAAUGGACGAGUAUGUACGUGAGAAUGGUUUUGCCGGCUGGUAUGAGACAUCAGCCAAGGAAAAUAUCAAUAUUGAUGAGGCCGCCAGGGCUUUAGUGAACAAGAUUUUACUCAACGACAAAUUGAUCAGCGCCGCUGACCUAGCUGACAGUGAGAAAUUUAAUCUAAAUAGUUCCGCAGAACAAUCGUCAACAGAAAGCAAAGGCAAAUGUUCCUGCUGACCAGUUCCCUUGAGAAAAGACGGAUAAAAUCAUACACACAACUUGCUGCAUCCAUUGGGAAACAUUUAAGUUAAUUGUAAUUGAACGAAUGCUUUGUCAGUUGAAUGCAUUUCGCUUUGCGCAAUAGCCUUAAGUCUUAAGUCCGUUGCCACAUUAACUGAGCAUCGCGCACUUUAUCGUUGUACGAUGAAUCGAAAACAAAAUUUAAAUCAUACAAAUUAUAUUUACAUAGAUUUGUUGCAUAAUACAUCAGUAAAAUUAAAAUGUUAUUUAAAUCCACACACUCUUACAUAAUACAAGAUAAAUACAAUACUAUAUACAUGCAGACAUAAAUUUUAACUUUAGAACUUAAGUAUGAAUAAGUGUAUAACGUCGUUGUUAAGUACUUGAAAGCAAAGAGAAAAAAAUAAUUGGUAAACUCAUACAUAUAUACGUUAUUGCAACUAACUAAAAUUAAAUUAUUCGUAGCCGAUUUACAGAUUUUAUACGCCCUCAUACGCCUGCAUAACCAAAUUUCAAACGCGUAUGUAUUUAUGUAGUCGUACUCGUAUAUUUCAGUGCCUUAUCGCACGUAAAUAUGUACUAUGUAUUUUUAAAUGCUUGUUAUGUUAAUCUUUUUUAUCAAAUAAAAUUAAAUGAGAUUUUUA